CUGGAGGUUUUCUAGUCUUCAAAUGAGAGCCGCUGUAUUGAGUUUCCUUGGAGCAGUAGCCGCUAUAGAAGCGCAUCGUUUCCCUGAAGAAGAACCCACCUACUACUGCCAUCCCGAGAUCGAGUGGGAUAGUGUUCCUCCUCGUGAAGAUGAUUCUGGAGCUCAACUGGAGCGUGUUCUGGUGUUUGCCCGUCAUGGCGCUCGAAUGCCCGUGCAUGACAUGAUGUGCUGGGUUGGAGAUGAGACUAGAUAUACCUGUCCCACUGAGACCUUCUAUGGCUUCACUAAUAGUCCCUCGGGUGGAAGAUCCCCUGCCUUCACCCGCAUUCGUGGCAAGGAGGGUGUUUUACCGGGAGACAACUGUGUAUUGGGUCAGCUCGUUGACGCUGGAGUACAGAUGCAUCUUGCUAACGGAAAGCAGUUUGGUGCUUCCUACAAAACUGCCCUUGACUUGGACGAUGUCCCGAGUGAGCCCCAGGUGAUGUUCCGUUCCACCGAUGUUCCGCGAGUGUACCAGAGUGUCGAAGCUUUUGCCAUGGGAAUGUUCCCCGAUAUUAUGACUGAGGAUCCUUCGAACCUCGAGAUCAUCAUCCCUGAUAGUCAGAGAGAUACUAUGACCCCUAGUGCUCAGGUGUGUCCUCGCCUUAAUGACGCCUUGAAAGUAUUCUACGAUUCUGCUGAAGCCAAGGACCGUGUUGAGAGGUCUAGGUUCGAGCGUGCUUUCAUGGGGUUCGUUACUGGUCGCCCUGACGACUUCAGUACUGAGAACCCGGAAGAUAUGGAGCAUCUUUACUCUGGUCUUUAUGACUGCUUAACGAGUCAUGUUUGCUCAACUGUCCCUAGCGAGCCCAAGAAUGUUCCCCUUGGCCUUGGUACUUCCAGUCCUUUAUUCGAGCGUGUUGAGGAGGAUGCUACGUUCUGGUUAAACAACCGCUAUGGUACUACAGAGGAGUUGCGAAGACUCGCAUAUGGUCCUCUGAUCAAGGACGUACUCGAAGACUUGAGCAUUCCUGGCAGGCGUUUCUCAUUGUAUCUUGGUCACGAUACUGGUCCGGCUAACUCCCUCACUGAUACUCUCCAGUUGAAGUGGAUGGAUUCUGGUAACGCCUGUGCAAAGUAUUGGCCUCCAUUUGGAACCGCGUUGAUAUUGGAGAUCUACUCUGACAAUCAAGCUCGCUGGAUCUAUAACGGUCGUGUGACUUCCGUCGAAGCCAUCGAGGAAUGUCGCGGCAAGUCUCUCUGCAAUUACGAGUCGCUAUACGAGUAUCUCACGACUGUUGUGCCCAACAAGUUUGAGUGCAAGGGUAUCCCUGAACCGACUCGUGGUGGGAGCCUCCGUGGAUAGAUAUUUUACUACUGAACUUUUUUUACUACAACUCCGAAGAAAUUUUGGGUGUUCACCUGUUCCUAUAUGCUGCCUUUUCGGGCGGUUUUCUGUGCGAUAGACGUUUAUGUAGUUACUUUCCUAUG